UCGGAAUUCUACAUUAUUAUUGUGACUGUGAGAAUUAUCAACAAUUCGUCUGUCUUAGCCCAAUGGACCUGGUUUCCACACGAAUCCACUCCAUCAUCCUUCUCUUCCUCGUCCUCUCCGCCGUCGUUGAAAUCUCCGUCGCUGAUGUUCCGGAGACGGAGCCGGUUCCUGCACCAUGGCCGGAGCAGUUCCACGCAUUGAUGUUGAUGAACAAAUCUGGGUCUCUGGAGAUUGUUGACCUCUGGUACGAUUGGGUCAAUGGACGUAAUUUUAACAUCAUUCAGAAGCAGCUUGGUAAACUCACCUACGAUCUUGAAUGGAACAAUGGCACUUCUUUCUACUAUACCCUCGACGCUUCUAGAACUUGCCGUACCGUUCACUUCGAGGUUGGAAUCUUGAGACCAAAUUGGCUAGAUGGAGCGAACUAUUUGGGUCAACGAAAUGUGAGUGGGUUUCUCUGCAACGUAUGGGAGAAGGUUGACUUCUUAUGGUAUUAUGAAGAUGUUGUCAGCAAAAGACCUGUACAAUGGAUCUUCUAUACAGGCAGGGAAGCUCAUGUGAUGACAUUUGAAGUUGGAGCUGUUCUAGAAGACAAGAAAUGGCAAGCUCCAGUCUAUUGUUUCCACAACGAGAAGAAGAGCAUUGAGUAGUGAAGCCACUGUGUAGAGUUUUGUGUAGAGUUUUGGGCACCUUUUCAUCCAAAUAAAUAUCAAACGUGAGGUCAUUUUCGUCUUUGUCAUGUAAUAAUAUCUAGAGAUUUUUGAUAGUGGAGCAUAAAUAAAAGUAGAUGUCAGCACAAAUCACUAUCUUCUUCGUAUUUUACUUUCUUAUUUGGUCCCUAAA